GGAGGCAUUCCAGGGUUCCUGGGCUGAGGAAGCUUCCCGGUUAAUUUUGAGAAUCACAGACAUAACCUCUCCACCCUGAUUUCAGGAGGAAGAAGGGGAAGUUCGUCCUGGGUGCUCCAAGGGACCCUCAGGCAAGGUCUGAACCUGCGACAAGGUCUUUAUAUGCUCAGCCAAAUCUGCAUAACUGUAAAUCAAAACUAAGAACCCUGGAUGGUAAAGGCCAAGGCGACUCUGAGAAAGGAUCCAGACCCUGACCCUCGGACCGGAACGGGCAGUACGGGCCGCAACAGUUUGGCGUCCAACAUCGGGCUCCACACCUAGGAGAAGAAGAACAAAAAGAAUGAGUGUUUCUCUGGUAAACACUCCGCAGGUCAGUGUCCUGUCCACAUUUCUUAAAAGUUUCUUUUUAUUCAAUCCAUUCAAAAGAUUAAUUAUAUGUGAAAUGUGAUCUGAGGGCUUCUUUUCUAUCAUCUUCAUUUUCCUCUGUGAUAAUGAAUAUUUAAUGUUUUGUUUUUUCAUGUAUAUAACAUCUUCAUAUUUCUACUGGAUUGUAUACUGUGAGGACAUAAAAUUCCAAUGGACUGCAGACCUGCUGGUCUCCGAAAGCUUCUAUUAAAAAUGAUUCUCAAGAAUAUAUUGAUGCAGCCGGGCAGUGGUGGCCACGCCUUUAAUCCCAGCACUUGAGAGGCAGAGGCAGGCGGAUUUCUGAGUUCAAGGCCAGCCUGGUCUACAGAGGUCUGUUAACCUUUAAGGAUGUGGCUGUGGACUUCUCACUGGAGGAAUGGGAAUGUCUCGAUUUUGCUCAGAGGGCAUUGUACAUGGAUGUGAUGUUGGAGAAUUACAACAAUCUAUUGUUUGUGGAAAAUCACCCCAUAUAUGGAAAGUAUGAGAAGGCCUUUGACCAAGACACACUGUACAUUGUCCAUGAGCAUGUGAAUAUUCAAGAAAAGUCUUCUAAAUGCAAUCAACUCAGCAAUAGGAUUCAUGAAUCUACCCAAAGUACACCUCAUAAAACUAACCACAGAGAUGCAUCUCUUCAAUUCUCAAAUCUAAGAAAACCUAAACCUGGGAACACUGAAGAAGUUUGCAAGUAUAAUGAAUGUGCAAAUGGUUUAAAUGUAUGUUCAAUCAUUAGUCUCAAUCAAGGAAUCCACAUAGGAAAGAAAGAACCCAAUAGAAAUACAGAAUUUGAUAAGGUUUUUCUCUCUAAACAUAAACGGUUGGUGAAACAAAAUAAUAGUGAAGUGAAUCCUUACAGAUUUAGUGAACCUGACAAGUGCUUUACCCAAAGAGACAAUCUUCAAAGUCAGCAAAGCAUUUAUCCAGGAAAGAAACCUCACAAAUGUAGUGAGUGUGAAAAAUGUUUUACACAAAAAUUCAAUCUUAGCAUGCAUCAGAGACUUCAUACAGGAGGGAAACUUUACAAAUGCUUUGAAUGUGACAAGUGUUUUGCCCAAAAAUUUUAUCUUAGUGUUCAUCAGAGAAUUCAUACAGGAGAGAAACCUUACAAGUGCUGUGAAUGUGACAAAUGCUUUGCCAGGAAAUCCCAUCUUAGUAUUCAUCAGAGAAUUCAUACAGGAGAGAAACCUUACAAAUGCAACAAAUGUCACAAAUGCUUUAUUCAAAAAUCCCAUCUUAGUAUUCAUCAAAGAUUUCACACAGGAGAGAAACCUUACAAAUGUAGUGAGUGUUACAAAUGCUUUACUGAAACAGUCAGUCUGAGAAUUCAUCAGAGAAUUCAUACAGGAGAAAAACCUUACAAAUGUAGUGAAUGUGACAAAUGUUUUACCCAUAAAGAUAGUCUGAGAAUUCACCAGAGAAUUCAUACAGGAGAGAAACCUUACAGAUGUAGUGAAUGUGACAAAUGCUUUACUGAAAAAGGCAGUCUGAGAAGGCAUCAGAGAAUUCAUACAGGAGAGAAACCUUACAAAUGUAGAGAAUGUGACAAAUGCUUUACUCAAAAAGGCAGUCUAAGACAGCAUCAGAGAAUUCAUAAAGGAGAGAAACCUUACAAAUGUAGUGAAUGUGACAAAUGCUUUCCCCAUCCUUCCCAUCUUAGUGUUCAUCAGAAAAUUCACACAGGUGAGAAACCUUACAAAUGUAGUGAUUGUUGCAAAUGCUUUACUUACAAAAGCUGUCUGAGAAGGCAUCAGAGAAUCCAUACAGGAGAGAAACCUUACAAAUGACAUGAAUGUGACAAAUAAUUUACCCAUGUAGUUAAUGUGCGAAGGCAUGAGAGAAUUUAUACAUGAGGUAAACCUUACAAAUAUUGUGUUUGUGACAAAUGCAUUACCCACAAUAUCAAUUUGGGAAACUAUCAGAGAUUUUAUAUAAUAUUGAAACUUUAUGAAUGAAGUAAAUGAGACAACCCUCUACAAAAAAAUAUCAUCUUAAAUUUUUUUAGUGAAUCCUUAAAGGAGGGAAAACUUUCAAAUGUAUUUAAAGUGUAAAUCCUUUACUUUUGGCAUAUCUGUUAGAAUGUAAUAGAGAAUUCAUAUUGGUGAGAAUAUUAACAUGUAAUGCAUAUGGAAAUAUCUUUGACUUCAUUUCAGGUUAGAGGAAACAUCUAACAUUUUUUAGUGGGGAAACUUGUUCUGUUGGGGAAAAUGAAGCAUUUUCCUGGAUAAAAUAUGUUUUGUCCAGGGUGUAUUCUUUGCAACAUUUGAGUCUCCACACUAGAUAAUUAGUACAAUUAUGAAAAACUUGUGAAAUUCUUCAUGCCAUGUUCAAAUCUUAGAUAAUGUCAACUACUUAUGCUUGGUGAAACUCUGAAAAUGUGACCAUGUAGGACAGUUUUCAUUAAACUUUUCCUUGUUCACCCUCAAAUAUUACAAGAUGAAGGUGAGUCUGGAAUCCAGAACAAUAUAGUGUUGUAUAACACUUUCAUGGAUAGAGAAAUAAUGCAUUUUAAAGAGAAACCAAUUAAUAUGUGUACAAUAGUCCUCAAAAUAUGUAAUAAAACUGGCAGCAUUCUGUGUAUUUUAUUCAAAUGAACAAACUCAGACAAGUUGUAGUUAAAAGAGUGUUUUUACAAACUGAGCCACAUAGACUACAUGUUCUUUAUCCUAUAUUAUACCUAUAAAUGUGAAGUACAUUUCAAGUAUCCAGUAUUCAUAAUUCUUAUCAAAUGCUGGUUUUUAUGUUUCAGGAUAAAUACGGACUAUAAGACCUUUGUGCUCAACAACUCUGUCCCCAUUGUCCUAUAAAUAAAGGUGAAUGAUUCAGCAA